AUGAAGAUCGAGGGCAAGGCUUUCAUUAUCACCGGCGGCUGCGGCUCCAUCGGCGGCACCACUGCCAAGAUGAUCAUCGAGCGCGGCGGCUACGCCGUCAUCUUUGACGUGCUUGACAAGGAGACCGGCGAGGCAAAGGUCAAGACGUACCACCCCGAGCGCGCCUUCUACUUCAAGGUCGACAUUGCCGACUAUGACGGUGUCAGCGCCGCCACUGCCGCCGCCCUCGAGGUGAUCCCCAAGGGCUCGCUUGCCGGCGGUGUGCACUGUGCCGCCAUCGCGCCCGGCCGCCAGUGGAGCCACAAGCUCCGCGACUCGGUCAGCACCUUCGCAAAGGUCCUCAACGUCAACGUCUACGGCACCUUUGUCGUCGACGCCGUCAUUGCCGACGCCAUCAACUCGCAGUACCCGGACCAGGGCCCCUUCGGCGAGCGUACCACCGAGGAGCGCGGUAUCAUCAUCAACAUUGCCAGCGCUGUCGCUCGCCCCGUCCCCGCCCGCUGCCUCACUUACGGUGCCUCCAAGACCGCCGUCCUCGGUGUCAGCUCGGGCAUGUCCGACUUCCUCGGCCCCUUCGGUAUCCGCGUCUGCUCCGUCUCGCCCGCCGUCGUCGCCUCGGCUCUCAUGGGCCCCGACCGUCUGCCCUACUUUGAGGCCGAGCUCGAGGCCGCCGCCGUCUUCCCCCGCCGCCAGAGCGACCCCUCCGAGGUCGGUCACGGCAUCAUCUUCCUCAUCGAGAACGGCAUGAUGAACGACUACGAGCUCCGUAUCGACGGCGGCUGGAGGAACUCAUCCAACUGGGCCGGUCCCGUCGACCCCCGCAAGAACGCCAUCUCGCUCGAGUAA